GUAAUGGCGGCCGGGCGCCGCCGCUGUGGUGUCGGUCAGAGCCCCGGGGCGGUGCGGCGGGUUCGGUGCGGGGCCUUGUUCUGUGGUAUUGCGGCUUCUGGUGCUUAUAGAGCUUCUCCGGUAAGGUGUCCUGGUGGUUGGGGCAGGCGCUUGGGCUGUUGAGCUCUUGUCUCUGGUAAAGAGCUCCGUUUAAUUGGGCUUUAGUGAGACCCGGAGCCCCUUCAGGGACCUGCUCUAUUGGGAUGCUUUGGGUCCUGGUGCCCGGUGAAGGAGCCGGGUCUGUGGGGCUCUAUUGAGCCCCAGUGCCUGGUGAGGAGGCGGGUCUGUGGGGCUCUAUUGAGCCCCAGUGCUCACUAAAGGACUCUGGUCUAUUGGGCUCUGGUGAGCUCUGCUGCCCACUGGGUGAAUCCAGUUGUUUGGGCCCUGGUGCUCCAUAUAGGUGCUGGUUCUGUUGAGCCCCAGUGCCUGGUGAGGUGCCUGGUCAGUGGGGCCCUGGGACAGUUGAGAAGCCCCAGUGCUCCAUGAGGAGCCUGGAAGGUUGAUCCUGGAUAAUUCAGUGGCCAUUGAAGCAGCACUUGGGUGAGCCUGUGUGAUCCCCUUGCCCAGCCAUGCCAGGCCAGGGGCCGUCAGGCCUCCGCCGCCUGCUGCUGGCGCUGCUGGCUGCCCUGUGCUGGCUGCUGGCCCUGCAGCUGCUGCUGGACCUGCGUGCUCUGGGGCUGCUCUGUGGGCUCCUGGCAGCACUGGGGGGCUGGCUGGGCCCCCGGGCUCUCACCCCAUCGGGCCGGCGCCUGCGGCUGGAGCGGUUUGUGAGCUCCCUGCAGCCCCAGCCCCAGAGCCCGUCGGCCGGGGGGAGGCUGGAGGGGGAGAUCGCCAGCACCGUGCACAAAGUGCUGCGGGACUUUGUCACCUCCUGGUACCACACUGUCAGCACCGAGCCAGCCUUUGAGGCUGAGGUGGAGAAGGCCAUGAUGGGGCUCACUGCUGAGCUGAGGAGGCGCAUGGCGCAGGUAGAUCGCCAAGCCAUGGCCCGGCGCCUCCUUCUCCUCUGUGGCCACCACUUGCAGAGCUACCUCCAGGCUCGUGAGGCUUUGAGGUGUGCUCCAAAGGGCGGCCAGACUCUGUGGCAGGAGUACAGCCGCCUUGCAGGGCCGCAUCCUGCCCUCCACAGCCCCGCGGCUGAAGUGGCCUAUGCCAGGGCUGCUGUGGAGACCUUGCUGCAGGCGCUGGUGCCCCGGCCUCACUUGGAGACCCGGACGGGGCGCUUCGUGGUGGUGGAGCUGGUGGCCUGCAAUGUGCUGCUGCCGGCCAUCAGGAAGAUGGCUGAUCCCGACUGCAUCAACCUGCUGCUCGUUGGGGCUUUCUCGAAGAAGCCACGGAGUGAGGAGGCACCUCCUGCACCCCCCGUGCCUGAGGUCUUGCCUGUCAUAGAACAGACAGAUCCCACCCCUGUUGGGAUGCCACCCUCCCCAAGGGCCACAGAGGUGCCCAAGCAAGAGGUAGGAGCUGUUGGGGAACAGGGAGAGGAUGUGGUGAGCAAGUUGUGCCACACAGAGGAGCCCUUCCUCCGUCCACGAGCGCUGGGCUCCCUCUUUCCCUGUGAGGGUUUGGAGCUGGAGUCUCCUGCUCCUGAUGCAGGCCAGGAUAUGGACUUGCUGGUACCAUCCCCUGCAGGGGAGUUCCUGGAUGAAGCCCUCCAAGAUGCCUCCACUGUUCUUGAAGGACUGGAUGUUUCAGGGGAUGGCAUAGGGGAGCUGGAGGAGAGCAUUGCCACCACCUCUGCUCUUGUGCUGAGCUCCUGCCCAGACAUCCAGAUCGACCCAGCAGUUGAGAAGGAAGAAGAAGCAUCAGUUGUCCCUAAGAAGUCCUCCUCACAGAGGCCCUGCAGCUUGGGGAAAGACCUGGGGGCAGCAGAAGGCCCAUCACAAAGCUCUCCAGAGCCUGGGCAGGCUCUGUCCCUGCUCUCCUCUUCCCCAAUGGCCUCCAUCAGCACCUUCAGCUUUGAGCCCCUCAGCAGCCCUGAUGGACCCGUGGUCAUCCAGAACCUGCGCAUAACUGGGACCAUCACUGCCAGAGAGCACAGUGGGACUGGUUUCCACCCCUACACCCUCUAUACUGUCAAGUAUGAGACAGCCCUGGAGAGUGAGAGCAGCCUCCAGCAAGUGGCUUAUCACACCGUGAACCGCCGCUACCGCGAGUUCCUCAACCUCCAGACGAGGCUGGAGGAGAAGCCGGAGCUCCGCAAGCUCCUCAAAAAUAUUAAAGGCCCAAAGAAGUUGUUCCCUGAUCUCCCAUUUGGAAACAUGGACAGUGAUAAAGUGGAAGCCAGGAAGAGUCUGCUGGAAUCUUUCUUGAAGCAAUUGUGUGCGGUGCCUGAGAUUGCAAACAGUGAGGAGGUGCAGGAGUUCCUGGCCCUGAACACUGAUGCCAGGAUUGCCUUUGUCAAGAAGCCUUUCGUUGUCUCCAGGAUAGACAAGAUCGUUGUCAAUGCCAUUGUGGACACCUUGAAGACAGCAUUCCCCAGGUCAGAGCCCCAGAGCCCCACAGAGGAUCUCAGUGAGUCUGAAGUGGAUGGAAAACCUCAGACAGAUGGGAAGAAGGGCAACAAGUCCAGGCUGAGGUUCUCAUCCAGUAAAAUCACUCCGGUGCUGAGUGUGAAUGAAGCACAGGACAGGAUCGUGUACUCCAUCAGGGAGGGCAGCUCUGUCUCUGGCACCCUGUCCCUCACUGCUAUGGAGUCCUUCAUCCAGAAGCAGGAGAAGCUGCUGGAAGCAGUCCCCAGCAAAGGCCCUGAAGGCGAGGGAGGCAGAAAAGCAAAGGAGAGCUCCAUGCAGGAUGAUAAGGAUGGGAUGGGCCCGUUGGAGCAGGGGCAACAUCCUGCCACAGACUCUGACUCAGAGACAGCUUUGGCUGACCUGGCCCUGGAUGUGCUUCGCCUGCUGCUGGUGGAUCACUGGAGCUGGCUGUGCACAGAGAACAUCCAGAAGGUCUUUCACCUGCUCUUUGGGACCCUCAUUCAAAGGUGGCUGGAGGUGCAGGUAGUGAACCUGACCUGCACCCAGCGUUGGGUCCAGUACCUCCAGUUGCUGCAGGAAUCCAUCUGGCCUGGAGGGGUGUUACCAGCAGUGCCCAAACCAGCCAGGACAGAGAAACAGAAGAAAGCAGCAGCAGAGCAGGCCCUGCAGAGCCUCAUGGGCAUCUUGCCCAAUGUGAUCCAGGAAAUCCUUGGAACCAGUAAAUGUAGGAUGAGCUGGAAUGUGGUCCUGGAGUCCCUGAGCCAGCCUGUCAUCAAUAGGCACCUGGUUUUCUGCCUCUUGGACAUCCUGCUGGAGUUCUUGGUUCUGAAGGGCUCCAGUGAGGAGCUUGGGACUUCAUCUGUGUCACCAUCAGCCUCCAGUGGCCUGGACAAAGCACAUUGACCAGGGCUGCUGUAGCCAGCAGUGGAGAAGAGAAGCAGCCACCGGGAUGGUUUCAUUUUCAGUGCUCACUGCACAUGUCUGGGAGCUUCUUGGGAAGAAAUGGUCCAGCUGGUGCUAAAUGGGGCUGCUUCCAAGCUUCUUGGGGCUGGGUAAUGGGUUCAACCCAGUGUCAGGGGCUGUGUAGCAUCUGUCCCAUUGCUGGAGAGCCUGGAGUGAAGAUGCCUGACCUCUGCUGAGCUGGACACUGAGAAGGAUGCUCAGGCUGCCCUCAAAGCCUGUUGUCGUGCUCCAUGGUUCUAACAUCUCAAGGCAGAUGGCAUGUAGGAUGUGUUUCUGGCAUGCCAUCAAGACUAGAUGUGAUGAGAUAUGGUUGACAGAUGUUUCUCCAGGAGGACCAAGGGCUGUCCCUGCUCUCUAAGCAGCCUGCCCUGUGCCUCUGCCACAUCAUCUAUUGUACCAGAAGGAAGUGUGUGGAGCUUGGGAAUGUGGUGGCAGCCCUGAAGUGAGUGCCAGGGACCCAUCCCUGCUGCCCAGGGAACUGGGAGGUGGGAAGCAGUGCAGAAAUCCAAGCUGCUCUCCUGCUUUAGGGACAAAGAUAAGCUCCUUCCCGGCACCACUGCUCUGUCGUGGUUGUGUUUGGGCAUCUCCUGCUGCCUGAAUAGUAGGAUACAAAUAGGGUAGGCUGUGGUGCUGAUAAAGAGAGCUGUCCCCAGGCUCAGGAGGAGUGUUAGCUUAGCUACACUGCAGGAUCACCUUGUUUUCCCUGCUGAGCCAUGUCUGAGUCCCAGAAGCUGUCACCUGGGAUGCCCCAUGUGUGACACCCAGCAAGUAAAGCAGCUCCCACCCACAAGUGCUUGGCACAGCAAGCUCUGGGAGAGGAGACAGCACCUCUGAGCCCAGGAGGAACACCAGAGGCAUGGCACAGACCACAGUGAUGGGCUUGGGAGCACCACCUUAGCUCUGCUGUUCAUUGCUGUGUCACCAUGCUUUGCUUUAGUGCAGCAGCAGCGUGCGGAGAGCUGGAGAAAGCAGCUCACAUCAUGAUGUUCACUGUCACCCAGCACAGAAUGAAUGGGAUGUCAGCUUGAGAGCUGCUUUCCCAGCUCAGCCAAGGCCCGAGUGCUCUGCAAGCUUAUGCUGCCUGCUUGGGAGGUUGGGAACAGGGCACAUGGAUACAAUAUGCACCAACAGGGCAGUCUGGGGAGUUGUUGCUGGGAGAAAGAUGACCUGAGCAGUGCUGGAGCUUCCUGUUGGAGGGGACACUGCUCUUGGUGUUCUCUACACAUCAGAAGAGACUUUGCACGAGGGAAGGAUGCAGGAUCCCAGCUACUUUCCAUGGUCUAAUGCCAAGGAGUGCAUUUCAUCUGCUGUUCCUCAGACCUGGAUACUCAGUGGAGAACAACAUGGAUCUCAACGUGCUUACUACUGGAAUUACUACAAUACUUACUACGUUCUCCUUCCCAGAGACACCUGCUUAAUAAUGGACACAGUGUGUGUGCUGCUUCAUGCUUCUGGUGUGUGAAAACACAAGGAAGGAGGAGUUUGCUGCCAGCAUGGAUGUUUUUAGGGAGCUCUAAGGCCAUCCCAAGAGUAGGCAGGAUCCGAUGUAAUGAAGCAAAGCAGUUUGGCAUCGUUCAGCAGUGUCACUUGUGAGACGAUAACUUGCUACCUGCUUGGAAAAGGAGGGAGUAUGUGUUAAGUAGCUUAAGAGUAGAUUAGGCAAAGCAUUGGAGAUGAUCCCAAGUGGCCAAGCAGCAGGUUGGGAAGCAGGACUCCCAUAUAUCUAUAAGCACAGUAUGUGUCUUUCACUACCAGGCUCGUUUCCCUUCUUGUUCUUACUACUUCCAUUCACUCCAUCAGCUCUCUUGAGGAGUGGGAGAAGGGGCCACUUUGUGGCCCUGUUGAGCUUGGUGGCUUCCCACGUGCUCUUGGUGUGCUUGCUUAUUGUUUCCUUACGGAUUUAAUGGGUUUGGAGCUCCAAUCAUGGAUUAGGGGUGUCAUCAAGAGGCUGAAAAGCAUCAUUCUGAGAUAGACUGCACACCAUGACACUGCCAGCUCCAUGCAAGGGUAACGGUGUAGCACAGUCCUUACAGACAGUGGAUGUGGCUUUGGAAGGAUGCGCUUACACUUCUCCUCUGCUCAGCACCCUCUGUGCACCCUCAUCUCUGAUAUAAUGCACAUAACCCAGUGUUCAGCCCUGCUGAUGGACAUAAGGUGUGGGUUCUGCUCUGAGGAGUGCAGCUCCAGAGCCAGUGCUUCACUGGGGUGCUGUGACAGGGAUGGGUGGUGGCACCAGAGCUGCCUGGGCUCUGCAUCCCCUGCUGCUCCUGCAGCUGCAUUGGGCAUCUAGUAGCAGCAUCUCCGCUGUGCUUACACAGGAGGAGCUGGGGCAUAGGGAGAUGGAGUAGGUUGACGUGCCUGUGCUCUUCAGUCAGCAGCAGGCUCAGGAUCAGACCCCAGGAGCUGGGAUUGCAGGAGCUUGGGUUUAAUCUUUCCUUAGAGCACGGAAAACAGGCACCAGCAGAGCCCUUUGCAUGCUGUGACUGGCUUCAAACUCCCCUUCUCUCCUUCAUCCAUCUCAGUCCCUUCUCCCAGCAGAGGAGCCCAUGUCUGUAUCCCACUGUUCAGGGAGCAAGGUUUGAUCCCAAGGGAAGGCUGCAGCCUGCUGUUACAUUAGAUCCAGAGCAGCCAUCACUUGAGUUGGGUGCUCCUCUGUGUGUACAACCCACACUGCAGGGUAUAGACCUUCAGGGCACCCCUGUAAGCUACACAGGAGUGGUGCUGAGCCAGAGCUUGGUGCUUUGGGGGUAAGGAGCCACCAUGCACUUACUCCCUGUUGUAUUUCCUGUCUUCAAACCCUUGUAGCAGCUAUUUGUGGUGGAAUGCUUCAAGUCUGUAGAAGCGCACUGUGUUGAAAGCCUCCUUUGUUAUGAAAUGGGGAGCAAACUGGUGCUCCCAAGUAUUUGUAACUUACGUCUCUGUGUAUAAUAAUACUCCCUUUCAAACUUG